AUGAAUAACGCGCCAUCGGCCGUUGUUGUGGCUUCCAAGAUAACCUAUCAUGCCGUCUACGUGCAGCGUUGCCUCUUCAUUGUCGACUUCCGCAUCUAUAGCUCCCUGCUUAUCGUGGGCGUGCAACUCGACGGCGCGCUCAAGAACCCGCUGGCCAUUGGAGCCGACAUGGUCGAGGGCGCCGGCUACUGCAAUAAAAUGCUCGCGGCCUUUGUCACUCGCAGCUCACUUGAGCUGCAGAAGCUCUGUCUGACCAUGGGCGGCCAGUCGAAUGCUAUCUCCCAGAAGGCCGAAGAUUUGUUGAACGAGACAAAUGUCGAGGACGUACUGACUGCUAAAGUUGCUGUUUACUUCGCCAAGAAAUGCGGUCUUGACCUGCCUAUCUUCCGCACCGUGAACGCAAUGAUCAAGGGCCACGAGCAGGUCCAGGUAUUGCUCAUGAAUUGGCCUCUCCAAUCCGAAAUUUGA